AUGAAGAUCCGCGUGGUCCAGAUUUGGGGUUUCCUGAUGACCAUUUUGGGCUGGAUCUUCGUGGCCUGCACCAUGGCCAUGGAGGGCUGGAAGAUCACCGCCAUCGGGGGCAUGGGCGGCUCCUCCAUCAUCAAGGUGGCCUGGUUCUGGUCCAGCCUGUGGAGAUCCUGCUUCACGGACUCAACCGCCGUCAGCAACUGCUACGACUACCCCGUGCUCUGGUCCGUGGAGGGCCACGUCCAGAUCGUACGAGGCCUGCUGAUGGCGGCGCUGUCCCUGGGCAUGCUGGGGUUCGUGCUCAGUCUGCUGGGCAUGGAGUGCACCUUCAUCGGGGGGAAAGACCAGUCAAAGCACAAGAAGAUCUACGCCGGCGCCUGGUGCCAUGUGGUCAGCGGUUUCCUGUCCACGUGUGGCUACGCGGUCUAUGCGCAGUUCGUCUCCGUGGAGUACUUCAACCCGGACUUUGACGGACUCAGGUACGACCUCGGCACCCCGAUGUUCCUCGGCUGGGUCGGCUCUGCCUUCCAGGUGACCGGCGGCUUCUUCUACGUGUGGUCGGUGUGCAGGCCGCUCUGCGGGGGGGCGACCACGGUGAUCACGAUCCAGGCCCCGCUGGACCCCGAGCAGAACGCGCCCCCCACGGCCGCGACCGCAGCGUCCGAGGUCACCUCCAAGACCAUUCUGUCCUCCGUGUCCGAGCUGUCGUCCAAAUCCGGACGUUCGGACGUUUCCGGUAUAUCAUCCAAAUCCGGAAGCACGGACGUUUCCGGUAUCUCAUCCAAAUCCGGACGCACGGACGUUUCCGGUAUCUCAUCCAAAUCCAGACGCACGGACGUGUCCGGUAUCUCGUCGCGAUCGGAACGCACGGACGUGUCCAAGUCUGCACGCGCGGCCCGGCCGGAGCGCUCGUCCAGGCCCCGGAGGAGCGCCCGGUCUGCGGGGUCAGUGAGGUCGGCAUCCUCCGGCUCGUCGCGGUCCGGCGCCUCGACGAUCACCGGGUCGAGGAGCAGCGGCAGCCGGCGGACAGUGUCCUCGCUGUCGGGCAGCUCGAGGAGCGGGAGCACGGCGUUCAUGAAAAGCUCAUAUAUUUAAUUUAAUGAGUCAUGUGACGGAGACAUAUGAAUGCAAAUGACGGGCGGGUGUUCUGCGGAAUAAAUGGUUUCAUAUAUUUAUAUAUUUUUUAAAUAUAAUAAUCCUGGAAAUGUCAUGGAAACUAAUCUAUGUCUUGCCAUUUAAAUUACUGCACAUCUGAGGAUGUAUUUAUGUUACUUACAUUAUUUGAAUAAAAUAAUAUCCUCCUCUGUUGCUCUUCAGAAGGGUUCUUCCCUUGUUUUCCUGUGAAGGUUUAUUCUGUUCUUUUUGGUUGUUUUUCCUGAUCCAAUGUGAAGUCAAAGGUCAGGGAUGUUAUGUGUACAGAUUGUUUUGUAAUUGAAUGUUUUUGGGCUACAAAAAAUAAACUGAAUUGAAUAUGGGAAAUACACUCGUCUUUUCUUCCCAAUUGUUUUUCUACUUAUUCACAGACCAACAAAAAUGUUACUGUUCCUUUAAAGGGGGAUGAUGUCAUCAGGGUUAUGUUUCGAUUGGCUCGAUACUUGUAUUUAUAUUUUUACAGAAAGCCUGAGUUACAAAUUGGAGGUUUGGAGUUUGAAAGAUGAGGGCAGUUCAAAGGCGGGGGUGGUCCAAUAAAAGAUGCUAUCAAGUUGCAUUAUGGGAAACGUAGGACUCAGCUUUUUCAGUCAGAAUAUCUCAGCCUCUGCUGCUUCAAUUUAACCCCUUAAAGGGCGUGUCAGUCACGGCUGGCUAUUGUUUAUGCAUAAACGGAAGAGCAGCUUUCUUAUUUAUUGUUUACACGGCAAAGCAAAUCCACCCAAACUGAAGUAAUACGCGUCCUUUUAAAUCCCCCUCGCGAGUUACGCUCCAGGCUCAGAUCCAGUUUGGUUCUGUGGUAUUUGAAUAGAGAAUUAAGAAAGAAAGAAAAUAAUAUCGUCGCAACAUCAAACCAUAAAAACAAAGGGGUCAAACGAGCCAGAGACGCGUAAUCCUCCACCUG